AUGUCUUCCUUCUACGACCUCGCUCCCUUGGACGCCAAAGACCAGCCAUACCCCUUCGACCAAUUGAAAGGCAAGGUCGUUCUCAUUGUGAACGUAGCCUCCAAGUGUGGAUUCACUCCCCAAUACAAGGAACUCGAGGAAUUGAACAAGAAAUACGGCGACAACGUGCAGAUCCUCGGCUUCCCAUGUAACCAAUUCGGAUGGCAGGAGCCCGGCAACUCCGACGAAAUCGCCACGUUCUGUCUGGCCAACUACGGUGUGAGUUUCCCAGUGUUAAAGAAGAUCGACGUCAAUGGCGCCAAGGCCGACCCCGUGUACAAAUUCUUGAAGUCGCAGAAGUCGGGCUUGUUGGGGCUUACCCGGGUCAAGUGGAACUUCGAGAAGUUCUUGAUUGACAAGGAGGGUAAGGUCGUUGAGAGAUACUCAUCGGUGACCAAGCCUGCGUCGUUGACAGGGACAAUUGAUGGCUUGCUCAAGUAG